AUGUCCUCCCCAACCCCAACCUCAACCCCAACCCCCAAAGCAACCCUCCUCGACUUCACCACAACCCCCCUCUCCAAACACUACGGCCACCCCAACCACUACGCCCUCAUCAUCGACGACCUCCUCACACCCACCGAAUGCGCAGCCCUCACCACCCUCGCCGAGUCGCACCCCACCGUCUGGCAGCCCGCCGCCAUCAAAAAGGGCGCCGAGCGCCAAGAGGUGGAGACCGACGUGCGCGACUGCUCGCGCAUCCUCCUCGACGACGCCUCCACGGCCGAGAUGCUCUACCAGCGCAUCCACCCCUUCCUCGCGCCCAUGUGGGAGCUCGGAGGCGGCGUUGUGGCGGGGACGUUGCGGCGCGGGCGGCGGUGGCGCAUGAAGGGCGUGAAUGAGCGGCUGCGAUUCCUGCGGUACGGCGAGGGCCAGUUCUUUCAGGCGCACUGCGACGCGGCGUAUGUGCGUGCGGGGGGGAAGGAGAAGUCGUUCCUGACGGUGCAUGUGUAUCUGAACAGCGAGGGGGAGGGCGGGGAGUGUAGGGGUGGGGCGACGAGGUUCUGGGGGAUGAAUAUGAAGGAGUUUGUGGAUGUGGAGGCGAGGGUGGGGAGGGUGUUGGUGUUUCAGCAGAGGGGGUUGCUGCAUGCGGGGGAGGUUGUGGAGGGGGGUGUGAAGAGGACGCUGAGGUCGGAUGUUAUGUAUGAGGCGUUUGAUGUUGAGGAGGGUAGUGGGGAGGUGGUGAAGGAGGAGUUGAAGUAA